CGUUUUCCACCUCAUCCCUCAGGUCGUACUGCAACAUAACUUUCUUGAGGUCGCGCCGCGGAGAGUCUCUCGGGUUUGCGGCGCAGCUGUCAUUUCCGGGGUAAGAUGGCUGCAGUCCGUAUGCUGAGAACCUGGAGCAGGAAUGCGGGGAAGCUGAUUUGUGUUCGCUAUUUUCAAACAUGUAAUGUUCAUGUUUUGAAGCCAAAUUAUGUGUGUUUCUUUGGUUAUCCUUCAUUCAAGUAUAGUCAUCCACAUCACUUCCUGCAAACAACUGCUGCUGUCCGUGGACAGGUUGUUCAGUUCAAGCUCUCAGACAUUGGAGAAGGGAUUAGAGAAGUAACUGUUAAAGAAUGGUAUGUAAAAGAAGGAGAUACAGUGUCUCAGUUUGAUAGCAUCUGUGAAGUUCAAAGUGAUAAAGCUUCUGUUACCAUCACUAGUCGUUAUGAUGGAGUCAUUAAAAAACUCUAUUAUAAUCUAGACGAUAUUGCCUAUGUGGGGAAGCCAUUAGUAGACAUAGAAACGGAAGCUUUAAAAGAUUCAGAAGAAGAUGUUGUUGAAACUCCUGCAGUGUCCCAUGAUGAACAUACACACCAAGAGAUAAAGGGCCGGAAAACACUGGCAACUCCUGCAGUUCGCCGUCUGGCAAUGGAAAACAAUAUUAAGCUGAGUGAAGUUGUUGGCUCAGGAAAAGAUGGGAGAAUACUUAAAGAAGACAUCCUCAACUAUUUGGAAAAGCAGACAGGAGCUAUAUUACCUCCUUCACCAAAAGCUGAAAUUAUGCCACCUCCACCAAAGCCAAAAGACAUGACUAUCCCUAUACCAGUAUCAAAACCUCCAGUAUUCACAGGCAAAGACAAAACAGAACCCAUAAAAGGCUUUCAAAAAGCAAUGGUCAAGACUAUGUCUGCAGCCCUGAAGAUACCUCAUUUUGGUUAUUGUGAUGAGGUUGACCUUACUGAACUGGUUAAGCUCCGAGAAGAAUUAAAACCCAUUGCUUUUGCUCGUGGAAUUAAACUCUCCUUUAUGCCUUUCUUCUUAAAGGCUGUUUCCUUGGGAUUACUACAGUUUCCUAUCCUUAAUGCUUCUGUGGAUGAAAACUGCCAGAAUAUAACAUAUAAGGCUUCUCAUAACAUUGGGAUAGCAAUGGAUACUGAGCAGGGUUUGAUUGUCCCUAAUGUGAAAAAUGUUCAGAUCUGCUCUAUAUUUGACAUCGCCACUGAACUGAACCGCCUCCAGAAAUUGGGCUCUGCGGGUCAGCUCAGCACCACUGAUCUUACAGGAGGAACAUUUACUCUUUCCAACAUUGGAUCAAUUGGUGGUACCUAUGCCAAACCAGUGAUAUUGCCACCUGAAGUAGCCAUUGGGGCCCUUGGAUCAAUUAAGGCCAUUCCCCGAUUUAACCAGAAAGGAGAAGUAUAUAAGGCACAGAUAAUGAAUGUGAGCUGGUCAGCUGAUCACAGAGUUAUUGAUGGUGCUACAAUGUCACGCUUCUCUAAUUUGUGGAAAUCCUACUUAGAAAACCCAGCUUUUAUGCUACUAGAUCUGAAAUGAAGACCGAUAAGACAUUCUUGAACUUUCUGAGCUUCCAAAGAGUAUGUAAACCCUAGCUGUGCCAGCACAUGUUCAUCUUUACAAUUUGUAUUGUAAAUGAUUUGUAUCAUAUGAUUAAGGAUCUAAGGUACAAUAUUUGUCACUGUUCUAUUAGACUUUUUACUGAAAAUGAAUAAUGGGGUAAUGGUUCUCCUGGGGCUGUCACAUUUUAUAGGUCAGAGUGUGACUUCUUAAUACGGUGCUGACAUUUUUGUGUCAAUGACUUGAAACUGGCAAGAUUAACAAAAUCAGGCAGGGCACGGUGGCUCACGCCUAUAAUCCUGGCACUUUGGGAGGCUGAGGCGGGCAGAUCACCUGAGGUUAGGAGUUCAAGACCAGCCUGGCCAACAUGGUGAAACCCCGCCUCUACUAAAAAUGCAAAAAUUAGCCAGGUGUGGUGGUGGGUGCCCAUAAUCCCAGCUACUUGGGAGGCUGAGGCAGGAGAAUCGCUUGAACCUGGGAGGUGGAGGUUGCAGUGAGCUGAGGUCGUGCCAUUACACUUCAGCCUGGGCAACAAAGCAAGACUCUGUCUCAAAAACAAAAAAACAAAAUUAAUGUUACUAAAAGACAGGUAGCCAUAUACAGACAGUAUAUGCCCUAUUUUUUUUUAACCAACUCUUAAUGAAACUUUUUAAUUAUACUUAAGAAACGGAAUUUAUAUGCAAAAAUAUUUUCCAUUUCCCUGUUAUGCUAAUUGUUGUAUAAAAUAAGUGCAAUUAUACUUCUCUUUGGAGAUAUCCAAGAGUAUGUGCUUGCUCUGUAUAGAGAACAUCAUCUGUAAAUGUCUUAUUUAUAUUAAUUAAUGUAUUUGAAAAGGGAAAAGUAUAAACUGGCCUUAAAAAUGUCCAAUUAUAGUUUUAUAACCAGUCUAUUAAAGGUGUUUGUUUAAAAUGGAUAUACUUUUAGAUUUUUGGUAAUGGUUUGGUAUUUUCUUGGGAAAGACCUUCACCUUUGCAAACUUCCCUCAUGUAAGGAAGGUACUUUAAAGGUAGCAGCCAUUGACAUUUCUUUUUUUUUUUUUAAAUUUCAGAAGUCUACUUCCUUUUAACUUUUUUGAUCUUCAGCUAAAAAAUAGGAUAAGAAAUUAAGGUCUAUUCCAUUCUUCAUAUCCUGGGUAAGAAUGUAAAUAAGAGGAGAAGGAAGAGUCUAAUCAUAAUUAUGGAUAUAAAAAAUAAGAAAUUUUAUAUAGAAAUGAAGGUUUGAUAAUGGUCAUUUUGCUAACGGUCUACUUUAAUCAGAAAUAGCAUCAAGAUGAAUGUAUCCAACAUUUCAAUUUGCAUUCGGAAAUCCAUGUUGUUUCUAAUAUUGUCCAGUGGAAAACUGUAUGCCAAAAUUAGUUGUUUAAGUGAAGUUUUGUGACAGAAAAAAGGUUGUUUUAGUAUCUACUUGGUUUUUCUCAAAAUGGAAAUAAUUUUAAAAUCAGGAAAGAAUAAAUCAGCCAGGUGUGAUGACUCGUAAUUGUAAUCCCGGUUAUAGGAGAGGCCAAAGCAGGAGGAUCACUUGAGGCCAGGAAUUUGAGACCAGCCUGGGCAACAUAGUGAGAUCCCAUCUCCAAAAUUAAAAAAAAAAAAAAUUAGCCUGGUGGCUCACGCCUGUAAUCCCAGCACUUUGGGAGGUCAAGGCAGGCAGAUCACCUGAGGUCAGGAGUUCAAGACCACCCUGGCCAACAUGGUGAAACCCUGUCUCUACAGUUUUGUAAAAAUACAAAAAAUUACCUGGGCCUUGCAGUGCACGCCUGUAGUCCCAGCUACUUGAGAGGCUGAGGCAGGAGAAUUGCUUGAGCCCGAGAGGUGGAGGUUACAGUGAACAGAGAUCAUACCACUGCACUCCAGCCUGGGCGACAGAGCAACACUUUUGUCUCAAAAAAAAAAAAAAAAACUUAGCCAAGUGUGGUGGUGUGCAUCUGUAGUCCCGGCUACGCAGGAAGCUGAGACAGGAGGAUCAAUUGAGCCCAGGAGUUCAAAGCUGUAGUGAGCUGUCAUUGUGCCACUAUCCUCCGGUGUGGGUGACAGAGUGAGACCUGAUCUCUAAAAAAAAAAAAAAAUAGGUCAAAUAAAUGCUGUUAUUGUAAAAUUUCAGAUAAUACAAAUAGUUAACCAAUAAAAUAAAAAAUCAUUCAUAAUUUUACCACUAUUAACAUUUUGAUGUAUGUAUCUGUAUAUAUGGCUAUUCUUCUUUAUUAAAACAGGAUCAUAGUGUAUCUACUAUUUUAUUAUUUGAUUUUUAAAAUUUAACGUUAUAUUAUGGGUAACCUUACAUGUCAAUAAACAAUUCCACAUUAUCAUGCUUUAAAUGGCUGCAUAGGCUGGGUGUGGUGGCUCAUGCCUGUAAUCCUACCACUUUGGGAGGCCAAGGCAGGUGGAUCACAAGGUCAGGAGUUCGAGACCAGCCUGGCCAAUAUGGUGAAACCUCAUCUCUAUUGAAAAUACAAAAAUCAGCCAGUCAUGGUGGCAGACACCUGUAGUCCCAGCUACUCGGGAGGCUGAGGCAGGAGAAUUGCUUGAACCAGAGGCGGAGGUUGCAGUGAGCCGAGAUCGCGCCACUGCACUCCAGCCUGGUGAUAGAGCGAGACUCUGUCUCAAAAUAAAUAAAUAAAUAAAUGCCUGCAUAGUAUUCCAUUGUAUGCAUUUAUUAUAUAUUCAAACAUUAAACAUCUACCAUACCAAUCAUGGUUCCAAGUAUACAAUAGCCACCUUCAUGCUCCCUUGAUUGGGUUUACAGUCUAGUGAGGAGACAGAUAUUAAAUAACUGCAAAAAACACUAUUCUUGGUAGUUAAUAACCCAGAUGCUAUGAGCCAUCCAGUAAAGGUUACUGAUCUUAUCUGGAAGGAUCAGAAGAUGGUGUCCCAUAAUUUAACCAAUUCUCUAUUGAUAGGCAUUUAUUGAGUUUUAAAUGAAUAAUGAUAUGAUCAGUAAAAAUGUCCUCCUCACUUAAAGAAUAGAAAAACCAGGAGACAGGAGUUCUGAAAUAAAUAAGUAUGUAGGUCCAGCAUCAGUGGCUUAAGAUACUCUUUUCCUGAAAUAACCCUUAAGUUAUCUGGUUCUAUUCCAACCCUUGGGCAUUACCAUCUUCUCUUUGGUCUCAUCCAUUGAGAAUUCAGCAAAGGAUUUGUUCCCCACUGUGUGCACGGCCCUUAGGAUAGCAGGAUUCCCUGAAGGGGGCCAGAGGGGCAGGAGCACAGCCUUAGUGGCAGUGCUGGUCCAUGAGGCUCUACAAAGCAAGGGAUGGGUGUUUGGGAGGGGGAAAAGGCUCUUGCUGUACUCCUAGAGGUUGGAAUUAAAGUAGAAAAGCCAGAAAAUUCAAGUCCUUUACUAACAUGUCUGGAGAUUAGAAGGUAUAUGUACAUGGAGGAGAAGCCAAAAUUAUUGCUGCGAGUGGUCAACAAGAAAAUCAAGGCUCUGUUCAUUAUGUAGAGCAUUCCUCUGAUAUUUGAAAAAGAAGUGCAACAGGAAAGGAAGUCUGAGGAUGGAAGCCAAAAUUGGUAUGAAUUUAUAAUUUAGAGAUCAAAAUGUACCUUAUGUUGAAACCUAUGUGAGAAGUGAUUAUGUAGAAAGAGUGAAAGUGAUAGCUGUUAGUCUGGAAAGCCCACUGACUUGUUUGGGCAUUUCUCAUGGCUUCCCACUCCAAGUGGAUCCCCAAAAUCACUUGAUGGAUUUCCUUGCUGAUUUCUAAGUAAACUAUGGUUUAAGAAAGAAAUGAUGGGACUCAGCACUACCCUACAGUACCAAGAAUACAAAUGUUUCCGUGAAAUCUUCAAAGACAUUUGUAAAAUUCAAGCUGUAAUUGGUUAGUUAGUUCAUUCUGCACAUAUUUAUUAAUUGUAUAUUCAGUUUCAGGCUCCAGGGUAGAGAUUAUGGAUAAAGGUAAACUAGAUAGAUGAAGAUUUUGCCCUCACAGCAAAAGCUUUAGCCAGUGAUUAAAGCUAUCACUGGAAGUCAGUCUGUGCAAAUAACCUAGAGAAGAGCAGUGCUUUUAGAGUUGAACUAUAUUCCCAGUCAGUUCUUAAUGGUGGUUUUGCUCCUUCCCUCUACACUGUCUUUUCCUGAGAUUGGAUCAUAUGUGUGAACCCACAUUGUUUCCAGUCAAAAUCACCAGAAGAGGCAGGACAGAGUGGCUUGUGCCUAUAAUCCCAGCACUUUGGGAGGCCUAAAUCGGGGGACCUCUUGAGUCCAGAGUUUGAGACCAGCCUGGGCAACCCCAUCUCUACCAAAAAAAAAAAAAAAAAAAAAA